AGGGGACGGAGCGGACAGAGGAGCAAAAGCCUGUGCUCUGUACCUCAGGGCCCCUUAAACAUGUUUCCAUCUGAUCUCGAGGUUUCACUUGGAAAAAUUAUCCCUGAUAUUCAUUUUGCACUGGACUCUUUUGUCAUACAGCUGAACUAGUCUUGCCAAGAAAUGGAAUUACUUUCUACCUGGCGCCACACUUUGAGGAAAGGCUGAACUUCACGGAUGAUAGGAUGCGAGAUGCCAUCACACCCAGAGGAUUUGUCUCUGCAACUUGUUGAAUCUCAAAAGAAUGGAUGAAACAUCGUCCACAAUGGGGAAUACAAAUAACUGCAAGGCUAUUUAAGAAGGCAACUGGAGUCUUGUAAGAUUGGCAGAACCUAUUAAGAAGCAGUUUGUAAAAGGCUAUCCAGGCACGGCUACAUCCAAGAAUGAGGAUCAAAUACACAAUAUCCAUUGUCUUUUUUGUGGCACUUGUUAUCAUCGAAAAGGAAAACAACAUUAUCUCCAGGGUGUCAGAUAAACUCACCCUAAAGCAAAUCCCCCAGACCCCUCUGCAGUCCAGCGGUUCCUCUCAUAUUUUGCUGAAGCACAAUGGUUCCUUGACCACACUCAGCAAACUAGACUCUGCCUUCACACUGAUGAAGCGGCGCCUUGUGAACUACACUGAGCGCCUAGAGCUCAUGCCAAGAGGCAGGAGGCACAUCCUUCUUCUGGCAACCACCAGGACGGGCUCUUCCUUUGUGGGCGAGUUUUUUAAUCAGCAGGGUGACAACAUGUUUUACCUGUUUGAGCCGUUGUGGCACGUGGAGAGGAUGUUGACGCUGGAGACUGGGGGCACCAACGCCACAGCGGCAGCCCGGGCGUACCGGGAUGUGCUCCAGCAGCUCUUCCUUUGUGACUUCACCCUGCUGGAGAGCUUCAUCGAUCCCCCUCCUGUGGACCACAUUACCACCGGCCUCUUCCGCAGGGAGUCCAGCAGCUCCCUGUGUGAGGAGUCGGUCUGCAGUCCUUUCAUCAAGGGGGUCUUCGAACGCUAUCACUGCAGGACCAGGCGAUGUGGACCCCUGAAUCUGACCAUGGCCUCUGAGUCCUGUCUCCAAAAGGAGCACAGGGUCAUCAAGUCGGUGAGGGUCCGUCAACUGGAGACCUUGCGCCCACUGGCCGAGGACCCCCGUCUUGAUGUUAAGUUCAUUCAGUUAGUUCGGGAUCCCCGGGCUGUUCUUGCCUCACGCAUGGUGGCCUUCGCUGCCAAAUACAAGAACUGGAAGCAGUGGGCCAUGGAUGGCGAUGUACCCAUUGAUGAUGAUGAGGUGAGGAAGCUCAAAGGCAACUGCGAUAAUAUCAGGAUGUCUGCUGAAGUCGGACUCAGGCAACCACCAUGGUUACGUCGGCGCUACAUGUUGGUACGCUACGAAGACAUUGCCCGGUUCCCAAUGAGGAAGGCGACUGAGAUGUACAGGUUUGCCGGAAUCCCAUUGGCUCCACAAGUGAAAUCCUGGAUCCUAAAGAACACGCAGGCCUCCAAGGAGGCCAGCGGUGUGUAUUCAACACAGAAGAACUCCUCAGAACAAGUAGAAAAAUGGAGGUUCAGUCUACCUUUCAAAAUAGCCCAGGUUGUACAGAAAGUCUGCGGACCAACACUGAAGCUGUUUGGGUACAAAUUUGUGAACAGUGAAGAAAUGUUAACUGACAGGUCCAUCAGUCUGAUAGAUGAAAAGGUAUUCAGCUUUGUAUAGACACUGACAAACAUGAACUCUAAAACUUGGCACAGACAAAACCAACUGUUUGCAGAACUCUGGAAUGGCUGUUAUUUAUUAUGGACCAGUAGCCUCUUACAGAGAAACAAAUAUUUUCUGAUGGUGUGCUAUUUAAAGUUUACUACUACUAUUUAAAAAAAUACUAACAAAAGGCAUUAUUGAACAGAAAGCAUAUAUGCUGCGUUUAACAAAGAAAAUAGGUAGCUGAAACAAUGUUGAAACUUUACAUGUGGGUAAAGGCUGGUAGAAAGAGGAUGCUGUCUUUAUUUUUGCACUCAUGGCCUCUAGCUUAACUGCAGCUUAUAUUGCAAGUCUGCCCCAUGUGUAAUUUCACUUCCUUAGAACCUAAGGGAGAUAAUUGUGUGCUUGCGAACAGUGACGAACUGUUUCAAAUGCUCCAAGAAACUUAUAUUAAUUAUAUUUUCAUUUUGUCCAACAACUCCCGAACUAGCAACAGAAGUCGCUUUUAUACCAAAGAAACUUGAAGUGAAAUGUAAUACACAGCCUAAUGAAUGAGCUGCCUUGUAUAGUGAUGCUUACUGCAGAGGAAGGAAAUACCAGUGUUUUGCUAUGUAAUUUCUACGCAUAAGAUUAAGAAGGGAUGUUGUUUCAUGCUAAUUUAUUUUUUUCCUUCUGUUUGCUGAAAGGCCAUUAUGACUCCAGUUUCUGAUGUGCUCCACAAAUUCCAUUCCCCCCUGCAGUGGGCACUUUUCUUGCACAUGUGUACUGUAGGUUGCUGUAAAUGCAUGUUUUCUCAUUGGCCAGAAGUUGUUUGAAGUUGUCCUUGUGACAGUGUCAGGACCCAUUUUGUAAAAACAGAUGUUUACAGUGCUACUGUAUCCAGACAUUCCAACUGCAGCUGGUUUGCAGGAUUGUGUGAGUUUUGUUGGCUGGUCUCUGUCUGUUGACACAAGUCUCCUGGCUGGUGAUAAAAAGAGGCCUUGACUCUCUGGCCUGCAAGACUGUUUGCUGAU